AUGGCCGGUUCUGUUCACGGCGGGGCUGUGCUGAGCGGGGUGGUGCUGGCCGGGGCUGUGCUGGCCAGGGCUGUGCUGAACGGGGUGGUGCAGGGUGGGGCUGUGCUGGGUGGGGCUGUGCUGGGCGGGGCUGUGCUGAGCGGGGGCGGUGCUGGGCGGGGCUGUGCUGUCCUGGGCGGGGCGGUGCUGAGCGGGGCUGUGCUGGGCGGGACUGUGCUGGCCAGGGCGGUGCUGGGCGGGACUGUGCAGGGUGGGGCUGUCCUGGGCGGGGCUGUGCUGGGUGGGGCUGUGCUGGGCGGGGCUGUGCUGGGCGGGGCUGUGCUGGGCGGGGCUGUGCUGGGCGGGGCUGUGCUGGGCGGGGCGGUGCUGAGCGGGGCGGUGCUGGGCGGGGCUGUGCUGGGCGGGGCUGUGCUGGGUGGGGCUGUGCUGGGUGGGGCUGUGCUGGGCGGGGCUGUGCUGGGCGGGGCUGUGCUGAGCGGGGCGGUGCUGAGCGGGGCGGUGCUGGGCGGGGCUGUGCUGGGCGGGGCUGUGCUGGGUGGGGCUGUGCUGGGCGGGGCUGUGCUGAGCGGGGCGGUGCUGAGCGGGGCGGUGCUGGGCGGGGCGGUGCUGGGCGGGGCGGUGCUGGGCGGGGCUGUGCUGGGUGGGGCUGUGCUGGGCGGGGCUGUGCUGGGUGGGGCGGUGCUGGGCGGGGCUGUGCUGGGUGGGGCUGUGCUGGGCGGGGCUGUGCUGAGCGGGGCGGUGCUGAGCGGGGCGGUGCUGGGCGGGGCGGUGCAGGGUGGGGCUGUGCUGGGCGGGAGUGUGUUGUCCUGGGCAUAA